GCCAUUUGACGGUUUUGAGACUGCGCAUUAUCGUCAUGGGAGUUAAUGCUACGGAGUGGCAGUCGAAACCACAUCAAUGUCAGUUUUUAUAUUUUGUGAAUACCUAGAAUACAUUCACAUCAACAAGCUUCAUUAGUGGUGUCUGUUUUUGGAAGCCAUGCGGCGAAGUAAGGCUGAAGUGGACCGGUACGUCUCCACAGUACAGAGUUCAUCUCCAUCACUCAAAGAGGUAAGUUGAGAGCCGGUGGCUAAUGUUAGCAAGGUUGCUACUGCCAUCAAAGCAGCAUGUGUCAGCCAGUCGGCGAGAGUAGAAGUCAGUAUGACCGCCAGAAUCAAGCACAAUUCGUCUUAUAUUAGCUGCAAUAGUCUUGCGUUCUGGUUGUGUUCGGUGAUUUCCGCUGUUAACCGCCCGGGGCUCAGCAUGAUGACGCCUCAUCGUAUCCGAGGAAUUGCGCGGCAUGGAGCGGUUACCCGGGCUAGUUAGCCUCCACUUAGCCAUUCCAACUGCUGGAAACUACUGCUAAUUCUAGUUAAAUACAUCUGGAGCCUCCCUUGAUUUCAGAAUUCACAACAUUUACACCUAUUUACAGUGUGUCUGUGUAGGUUCUCAGUCAUCCAGGUCAUGGUUACUAGACUUGCUGGAGGUGCUUGAGGUUCUUGGAAAGAUUUCGAAACCUUCAAAACGAAACCUAUAAGGGAGUCCAGUCAUGUCUCCCUUUCAACGAAGAAUUUGAUAUGUAUAGUAUAGUUGCUGAAGAGGAGAGUACAGCAGCAUAAGCACCGUCUGCAGUGCCUGUAAACAGAGGUUAAUGGAAGUGUCUCUUAUUUUUGUUGAAAAGUCCGGAGGAAGGUGCCACUGUGGAAUUCACAUGCCUAGAUUACCUGGUCCAAUAAACGGUGAAAUGUCCGGGAUUAUAGAUAUAGAGCUCACCAGACCUCAGAUUGGCGUAAUACAGUACAAAGAGUAUCUAACAUUAACGAAUUAUCAAUGGAUUUACUGUUAUCUUAUUGUGUAAGUAUGUCAAACUCCAUAACAGUAUGUUAAAGAACUCAUAAUGCCUUCCUUUAUACCUGGUAGCUUCUUCAACAUAUAAGACAGUACUAAAGAAUUCCUCAGGACUUUGUGAAAUUAACCCUAAUAAUCUGUCAUUCUGUCUACAGAAACCAAUCAAGGGAUUUCUAUUUGCUAAAUUGUACUUUGAAGCAAAGGAAUAUGAACUUGCCAAAAGGUAAGAAUACAAGCUUCAAAUUGUUGAAAAACUGCUAGUUCUUCAUCAAAAGUGUACAUAUGACCAGCAAUUAUCUUUCAUUUUGUCCUGAUUUCCCCAGACAUGUGUCAGAGUAUCUUAAAGUCCAGGAGAGAGAUCCAAAAGCACACAAAUUCCUUGGACAACUCUAUGAGAGAGAGGGGGACAUCAACAAGGCAGUUGGAUGUUACAAGGUAAGAAGAAAAGAGAGAAGCUCAUCUUCCCAAAAGAACACAGCACAGAGGGUUUAUAAAUCACUCAUUCUUCCACUUCCAGAUAAUCUCAUGUUUACUCAAGGUCUCACUCUGAAGAAAGACCAUGUUUCAAAGUAUGAUGAUCAUAAUCGGCCACAAACACCAUCAAUAGACAAAUGCUGUUCAUUAGCAGCGAGAUUAACCAAAACCUGUUGUUUGCAUUACACCUCAUUUGGCUGCUGACAUCUAAGCUUAACCUAAACCUUUUUCAAGAUAGCACUGAAGCACGUAGGAAGUGCACAGAGCAGCUGAAUUGAGAUGUAACCUUUAUAAACGUUGAUUCAUCCUGACAACUGCAGGAUGGACCACAAGUCGGGUCAUUUAGGAUGGUAUUAACACUCCCGCUAAGAGAGGGAGUGCUCACUGCUCUGUGGAAUUUUACUUUCAAUGGAGCACAAAACUCUUGACACCGUUCAAGUGUGUACAGUUUAAGAAGUUUUAGGCUGUUUUACAGGCAUCUUUGGUGCCAUUUUUACUCUGAACAUUUAGUAUCCCAUGCAGUUUCUGGUAUUCCAGUAAAGAUGACAUCAACUGUGAAAUGAGUCACUGAAAAUUGAAUGUCUACAGUACAGAAUAUAAAAAGCAGACUAUUUUCCAAUCUGGUGUUUGCCAUUGAUAGGCUUCAGAUUACCAUCCCCAAAAACCAAUGGGUCACUGAAGACACACAUCAUACAGUCAGUGUUGUUAGCGUCUGGCUGUUGUCAGGACUGACACUAAAAUAACCGAACUUCUUUGUGUGUAUGUAGCGGUCAGUAGAUUUGAAUCCAGCCCAGAAGGACCUGGUGCUGAAAGUGGCUGAGUUACUGGUGAACAAAGAGGGAGAUGACAGCAGAGCAGAGUUUUGGGUGGAGAAAGCUGCCAAACUGCUGCCAGGAAACCCUGCAAUCUUCAAUCUAAAGGUAAGGUUUUUAAAUUUGUCAAAAUGAGGGCUGUUGUGAUCUCAGAUUUUCUAUUCACGGUUGUCAUGGACAAAAAAAUUAAGUUAGCAAUAUUGUUCUUUGGAAAAUUACUUUGAACAUUAACAUAAGAAGGUGUAAAGAGAGUCUCCAACCAUUACUGUACAAACUACAAGAAAGGCUCGCAAUCUUCCUACAACUUAUUCUUUCUUUGGUGAAAUCUGCAAAAGUGAUUGGGGUGAAGGAUGAUUCAAAGUUGCAGAGUUUUUUUUCUGCUGCACCUCAAAUGGUGGAUGGCCACUAGCAGAAAGAAACAUGACUACACCCUACUUUGAACCAGUUUGUGACAUAUUACUAUGUGCGUAUUUUAUCACAAUACCAUGACUAUGUUUGAUUUAAAAAAAAAAACCAACAACAACAGUGCUGGUAUAUUUUGAUAGCCCUGGUUGAAGUCACCCAAUGACUCUCCUCUUUUAAACUGCCACCAAAAUGUUAAUUUUACAAACUUUUACCAGUGUUUUAAUUGAGUUUUCAAGAAUAAAGGAGGUGAAAUUAAUCUUGCAAGGAAAGAAUGCACUAUUGGCUGACUCUCUGCGCGUUCUCUGUUGCCCGAUGCAGGAGUGUUUGUUGAGUCGUCAGGGUCAGCCAGGAUGGAACCGGUUGUUUGACCUCCUCCAGGCUGAACUGGCAGCAAGACCUAUGGAUGCUCAUGUGAACGUGAAGCUGGUUCAGCUGUUCUGUCAGGAUGGGCGGUUGGAUGAAGCUGUUAAGCAUUGCCUGGCUGCUGAGAAAAAGGGCGCACUGAGAAAUAGCCUGGACUGGUACACUGUUGUGUUGAACACGCUGAAGGUCAGCACAAAAGGGCCUCAAUACACAGAAUAUUUGUCAUAUUGGCACCCAUAAGCAUUUUCCAGAGUCUAGGUCUGACCCGUUCAAGUUGAAAGUUUGAAAAAAGCGUGCCUUUUUUUGCAGGAGUAUUUAGCACAGCCCAGUGUCUCAAGUAAUGAGAAGAUGUGUCGACGUCUCCAGAGAGAGCUGCUGUUGGCCCACUGCAGCCUGCUGAGAAUUACACUUUCUGGAAGCAGCCUGCAGCCCUGUCUUGAUGCCUUCAAAGGGUAGGUCAUGUUAAAGUCGUGUCUUGAUGGGGAAAAAAAAAACUUGUGUUUAACCUGCCUUUUUUGAUGAAUGACUUUAGUUUCAAAUAUAGGGUUAAAUUCCCUCAAGUUGAAGCUUUUUUGUGUGUGUUUAUUUUGAUAAACCCUAUCAUGCUGGUCACAUUUCUGUAGCAAGGGAAACUAUUUACCUACAGACGUUCAACAUGAACUGCCUUGCUGCUUGGGUCAUAGGCAGCCUCUGUACUGUGGUUUGAAUCAGGUGGCAGAUUGUCCCAAUAGUGGAAUUUUCAACUUCAGUAUACUUUUAUAGCUCUUAAAGUCACAGGCACCUAAAGGAAGGUCGUAUUUGUUUAAUUGAAAAACUGCAGUGAAUCUGGGACGCUGGUAUGGCCUCAGUUUUCUGUGAGGGCUUUGGGAGGCUUUACUGUUCUUCUAGAAGAAGGCUCAAAGAAAAGGUUUGGAAGCAAUGGCGUAAUGUAGUGUGCCAAAUGCACAGAAGCUAAAGACCCCAAACAGGCAGCCUGGUUUUGACCUGUAGCCCCCUUCCAACAUGUCACUUCCUACUCUCUCUCCAAGCUUUCUGCUCUCAUCCUCUCAGAAUUAAGGCAGAAGAGACCAAAAAUAGAACUUGAGUAAAUCUACAGUCUCGUCUCUCUACCUGCAUAGUUUUUUUGUGCUGUUAUGGUGUCAGCCCUACAGAUUUCAACCUCAAAAUGAAAAUCUGAUCAUGAAACACUUUUUAAUAACUUAAAAACUUUAACCACCUCUGAAGUUUUCUUUUGACAGCCUCAGCAGGAUGUCAUUUGUUAUACUGUCCAGAAAAGCUUCAUCUUAAGUACCUUAAGUAGGCUCUUCCAGCUUGAAAGCAUAGGAUUGAACUGUUUCUCUAAAAAUACAUACAACCACUUUAUACAAUUUAUUUUUCUGAAGCAUCUUGUCAACUUAAACGAACUGCACAUUAAUCUGUGUGUGUGUGCGUGCGUCUGUCUGUCUGUCUGUGUAGUUUUGACCAAGCUAUGCAGAUGCUGAGCAACACAGCUGGCCGCCACACGGAUGAUCUAUAUGACGUGCAUACAGAAAUGAGAGGUCACCUUUACCUCCAUGCUGCCACGCUGCUGUUGAAGCUGGCUCAUCAUCGCCAACAAACAUGGAGGGCCGUCAUUGACCCGGCUGGUUUAUGCUACCUGUUAGCAUAUCAGGUAUCAAUACAGCAACACUCUGAAUUUCUCUGAAGUGUUGCGUUUUUGAGAUAGGAUGUAUGUUUCAAAUGCUAUAGAUAUUGUAGGUAACAUUCUUUUCAUUUGCCUAUUUUACUUGACUUCUAAAACACUUAUCCAUGCGUACCUUGACGGUUUCCAUGAACAGAGCCCUGUGGAGGAAUUUCAGCUACUAAAUUUGUUGUUUUAUUUCUGUCUGUCUUUCCACUAGGUCCCUAAACCAAAAGCUAAAGUGACUAAAAGAGACCAAGCAGCCCCACAGCUUCUGGAGCUGCUGGCCAACGAUCGUCAAAGUCAGGCUGGCCACAUGUUGCUAAACCUGAGCACUGAUCCAACCGCCCUCAUUCGAGAGGUUAGUCCCGGUAUUCUGAUCCAGCUGGAUCCCUGAGCAUUGGUUUUUUUUUUUCCAAAUUGAACCAUAUAAAACGAUGACGUCACAAGUUUAAAGACUGAACAUGUCAAAGUCAUGUUACUUUCACUACUGCUUUGUCAUCUAACAAUUAUUUCUACAACAUUGUACACAGAUCGCAUUGAUAAAAAGUGGAAGUUGCUGAAGUAGACAACUGUGUGUGUGUGUGUGUGUGUGUGUGUGUGUGUGUGUGUGUGUGUGUGUGUGUGUGUGUGUGUGUGUGUGUGUGUGUGUGUGUGUGUGUGUAGGUUGUGGAGGCAUUUGGGAAUCGUGUUGGUCAGGACAAACUGUGUGAACUCCUCUUGGGACCACCAGCCUCCACUGGGUCUUCCUUCAUUGCCAAUGACGACAUUCAUUCCAUCAGCGCCGUGGCUCCAGAACUCUCUCAGCUGGCUAAAUCUGAUGCUGGUACAAAAUCUAACUGGAGUAGUUUGGUGUUGUCUUAAAUGCUUUGUGUUAGUGUGGGUAAUCAUUUACCUGUUUGUUCAUUUUCAAACAAACCCACAGAUGUCAGCAUAAUAUGUAUGUUUUUUAGUGAUGAAAAGGGUAUUUUGGUCUACAAACUGGGAUUAUAAAUGGAGAAAAAAAUGCAUUAAAGAGGUGUAAAUUUUAAGGUACUCCUACAAUUUAAUAACUUUGGUAUUGUUAAUUUAGGAUCCAUCCUUUUGCAUGGUUGUGACUUACAACAUCUAUGCUGGUUGGGGCUACAGUGGACCCUCCUUGCCCAAAGACCAGCCCUGCAGGAUUGGCUACAACAGCUCUUUCCUAGGCUUACUUUGGAAACUUCCAAACUGGACACCAAUGCACCAGAAUCCAUCUGCCUGCUAGACUUAGAGGUAGGUGAUCAAAAUCUAGAUUGUGUUUAAACAACACAAAAAAAUGUCUUCCCUGUCUGGGCUGUUCUGUUUAAAUGUUUGUGUUUAUUUUGUCAAAUUCUGAAAUUAUGGAAGUUACAAACCUUAAAAUGAUCAAAGGAGGAACCGAAAAAAUAUGAUUAUUGAUAAAGUCUCAUUUUAUGGUGAGGGUUGGUAUUUUCCUGCUUUUUUGUCUGAUGCCAAACCCGUCUGAUUGCUUUACAAGGUACAACAAAAACCAUCUUUGUGUUAUGACUCUCUGCAGGUGUUUUUGUAUGGUGUGGUGUUCUGUAGCCACUGUCAACUUCAGGAGACGGCAAAGAUCAGCAGUUCAGUGAACCAGCAGCAACAACAGAAGCUCUUUGAGCCUUACUGCCUCCCUCUUCCUCUCAUUCGCCUCCUGACCACUGACAGACAGAGGGAGUGGUGGGAUGCCGUUUACAGCCUCAUACACAAGCGAGCGGCGUGAGUGUUAUAACAGAACACGGAAGUGUGUUUUUUCCAAAUAUAAACUCAGGGUUUCUGCGGGGUCCUAAAAAGUAUCAAAGGUUGAUAAAUCAAUUGUGCAAAAAUUAAAGGGAUAUUCCGGCGUAAAUUUAAGUUAAGGUCAAACACACCAUAACACUGAGUUAGACACCCUGUCGAGAGAUGAAUGUUGCAGACCGCUUGCUUAUCUAGUUAUACCAACUUUAGUAACGACAUCAUCAACAGUACAUAUCGGGUCCCAGCCAAAGCACUAGCCACCAAACAUCUUUUUAGCUAUGCCUGAUUUCUUAAGCACUGAGACUUAUAUAUUGUCUGUUUCCUUUAAUGUUGUGGUGUAUGUCAUGCUGUUGGGACUUGAGCCCGUAAUAAAAUCCAUAUAUACUCACCCUCUGUAUCGCUGUCUGCUGUCGUUACGAAGGUUGGUAUAACUAGAGAAGCAAGCAGUCGGCAACAUUCAUCUCUUGAGGGGGUGUCUAACUUCGUGUUAUGGUGUGUUUGACCCUAACUUAAUAUUACGCCAGAGUAUCCCUUUAAGGCCCUUGAAAAGUCUUAAUUGCGAUUUUAUGAGUUAUUCAGUUUUACUGGUAUUCAAGCUUUGACUCCAAAAAGUACUGUGAAUAUUUGUUUUUCUCCUCGUGACUAUUACAAACAACAAUGUGCCAAUGGUGUACUUGCAACAACGAGUGUUAUGGCCAUAGACAUAAUAAAGAGCAGACGCUGUCUCGACCGCUUGUUAUUAUUAAUGGUGUUUUUCCUGUGGAGUGAGGUAUCUCACAUCAUUACGGUCUCUGUCUAGAGUCACACAUGCACAAAAUCGUCUCCGCCGAGCGUUAGGGUAUGCACUUCAAAACCUCCAAAGUUUGGGAGCACUUUAGCCUCGAUAGCAACCUUGUGUUAAAUUUGAGAAAAAAUUCAUAAUUAUCCGAUUAGUCGACUAAUCGUUUCAGUAGUCGCUGACUUAUCCACUACUAAAACAGUCGUUAGUUGCAGCCCUACUGUGGUCUGACGAGUUCACAUUUCAGACAGUUUUUGGAUAUCACAGAUGUGGUGGCCUCUGGACUAAAGAGAAAGAGGACCAUCGAGACUGUUCUCAGGUCAAAGGUCAAAGCCAGCAUCUGUGAUGGUCUGGGGAUGUGUUAAUGUCCACUGCUAACUGUCACAGCUGUGAAGGCUUCAUUAAUGCUGAAAAGUACAUACAGAUUUAGGAGCAACAUUUGUUAGUUGGCUAGUUGUGUCCACUUGAUGGAGUAGAGUAAGGCUGCACGAUAUUGGAAAAAAAUAAUAUUGCGAUUUUUUCAACCCUGCGAUAUAUAUUGCGAUAUUAAAAAUACAGUAUUUUCACCAGAUGACCUGAAUAGCACUUAAUGUUAUGCUGCACUGCUGAAAUCUUGAGGACAGUUAACCUGCUCUGAUCUUACCUCUUUUUGUGAAUGUUAGUAGAACGGCUUCUGUCUGUCUCAGAUAUAUUUUUAGCUUUUAUUGUGCUGGGACGUUAUUGUGGCAACAGAUGAACACAGAACACGUGUUUUGGUCAACAUCAUCCUUCUUUUAACCGAAAUAAUUCCAGAUAACUGACUUUCCUUUUCUUUUUGGCAACAAAUCUUCAUUUUCGGUGGUUUUCUCUUGUUCGUUGUUCAUUUUGCGAUCGUUGUUGUUGUUGUUGUUAGUGGUGUUGUGCUGAGAAACGCAUGUCCUCCGAGAAUUGCAUGCACCUCGCAAAACGCGCACUGCUUAUAGUAGAGUGGUCCACGGAAAUGUACAAUUUAAAACCCAUACAGUUCUUAUUUGUUGGGCUUAAUAGUCAUGAGUAAAGUUCCAAAAGUAAUUCUCAGCGGACACACGUCUCCCUCCAUGUGCAGAACAUGUGCAGGGGUGGGUUUUCUCCUCCCUGAUUUUGAUUGACAGCUGGCAGGGUAGUCUGAUUGGCAACUGAGAAGUGAGUCUGAUUGGCAACUGAGUUAAGGACGAAGGUGAUUGGUGGAUCGCUGCACAGCACAUGCAGAGUCACAUGGAGUGUAUCUCAGUCAGUUACCCUUGAAACUAAAUGAGUUCAUUCACCUCCAAUAUCGCAGGCUCUGCGAUGUGACUAUCGCACACACGUACAUCGCGAUGACGAUAGUCAAACGAUAUAUCGUUCAGGCCUAGAGUAGAGCAUAAAUACAAAGCCCUUUUCUACGUUAACUUGCCUUGAACCUAAAUUUAUGCAGAGAACUGUUUGUUUUUUAUGUUCACUGUUUUUGUCUACCUGCAGCCCGGGUACGUCAGCCAAAUUGAGGAUGAUUGUGCAACAUGGACUGAACACUGUGAGGGCUACAGAAAAACAUGGGCUCCAACCUGCAUUGGCCAUCCACUGGGCUCAGCGUCUCAGCCAAAUGGUACGUACAAACACACUGUUUCACUCUGUCAGUAAGUAGCUAGCUUGAAAGUCACAUGAAAUCCAGCGUUGGGCGUGUACUUGUUAGCAACUUUGGCAGUGCCUGGAGCCUGCUAUCUUUGGACAAAUGCUAGCAAUGCCAAUGCAAGUGUUGCAAUAAUAAAAGUAUGAGCAUGUUUUGACAAGCACUGUUUAUUUUUCUCAGUUAAAUGGCUGUUACCAGCUUUGAUAUCAGAAUUCCCAGAUAAAGUUCUUCAUGACAGCGUUACAAAUCAGGGUAUUGUAACUUUGCUAAAUGACUGGAGUAAGAAAAAGGAGAAAGGCCUUUACUGUCAGCUGUCUUCCUUUUUUACUCCAAUAUUUCUAAUGAUGUUUUGAAAAGUUGUUUUGCAAGUGAGACAAUAGCAGACUGCCACAGCCUUUGUAAUGAAUGGGAAGCGAUGGCUCCCGUAGCCUUCUCACCCUGAUGUUGUCUCGUAUCAACCCAGGGUGAUGGAGUGAACUCGUACUACGACCGGAAGGAGUACAUUGGCCGGAGUGUCCACUACUGGAAAGCUGCACUCCCACUGCUGGACAGGAUCAAAAACAGGCGCAGCGUACCAGAACCACUCGACCCCCUCUUCAUACACUUUCCAUCUAAGGAUAUUCAGGUUGUACUCUUCUCGCUUUAUUAUUAUGAAAAUAGGAUAUAUUGUGGUCUCAGAUCAUUUUCAGAUGCGUCGUUUCAUGUUGGUGACUGAAGUGCAUUUGUUGAAUUUUUUUUUUUUUUUCCCAUCCAGAUAUCUUCUGUAAAGGGUUGCGAAGAGGAAGCCAAGGUAGCGUUUGCAGCUGCUCUUGACAUUGAGGGCAGGACUGAGGAGGCCAUUGCUACAUUGGAAACCAUCAAUAACAUGUCAUCCAUCUGGCAGUUGGCACAGGUCAGUCACUCAUUUGUUUCAUAUCAUUCAUGUUGGUCUGCAGCGGUUUUUGAUGGUCAGUUUCAUACUAAUACCAUACCAACAUACAACUGAUGAUCAGAUCUUGAUAAAAAUUUCUUGGGACACUAAGUGCUUGUCACUUUAAAAGAAAAAAACAUCUACCUUUUGAAUUAAACUGUCCAUUAAAAAAUAAUUUAAAUUGCAUAGCAGAAAUUUGUGACAUAGAUAAUGCCACAAAUGAGUCUGAAAAUAUCUUCAUAUCAGGAAAAACCCAAUAUUGAGCAACCUGGUCCUUCUAUCCUCAGGAUUAAUCUUUGACAACCAGCAAAUGUGUGAUUUAAGUACAACUAUUGUAUUGGUGGUAGCCCGACAUGCCUUACAUUUCUGUUGCUGUGACACGCACAUUUUUUUCUGAAGAUUUACCAGCGACUAUCAGAUGAGGCCAGCAGUGGUGUUGAGGAGACACAAGAUAGAUGCAUUACCUUUAUGAAAAAGUUCAGGACCUACCUGUCCAAGAUCUACAACAGUAAUGCAGAUGAUAUUGAUGGGGUAAGUCCUUUGCCUUUUAGCACCACGUAUGGCCACCCCUUAGAUUCUCAGUAUUUACAGAAUUUUGAGAACAGUUAAUCAUUAUUCAAUUCCUAUAUGCGUCAAUAACUUUUUAGCUAUAUAACCAUGUGUCACACCUCCAGCUGCCUGUUUCCAUGGAGGAAAUUGUGGAUCUCCUCAAUGAUGUGAACCAGCAGCUGGGAGAGAGUGGUGAGGAUGAAGAGGAGAAAAAGGAGGAAGAAGGUCUAAGAGGACCAACACACUCCAGUCCAGCUCAUCUCACAGACAACUCUGCUGCCAUCUCCCAUAUCAAGUUUUCAACUCCAUCUCCUAACAAGAGUAUCUCUCCUUCCAAAAGACACCUGGUAGGUUAAAGGUCCCCAGAGAACAUUUUAAAGACUGUCUGAGAUUUAUUUAUGUAAUUGCAAGUUGAGCAUAUGCAUUGUUUUCAUCUUGGAGACUUACAACACAACUGAUGUUUUCUUGUAAAUGCUUUCCAGAUUUCUCCUAAAGCACAACCACACUGGGUUGAGGACCAGAAAAGUCUCCUUCAGAUGCUGUGUCAGCAGGUUGAAGCCCUGAAGGUUAGAGUUGUACAUAGGAGAUCAGUUCCACUCAAUAAGUUAUUCAAUCUACUCACCAGAAAUAUAAUUCAGUAUACUUUUAUCAGAGAACACAGUCUUUUUUAGGGAGAAGGUCUAAAUUGGAAGAGUGACAAUUAUAGCUUGGUUUUACUGGAGUAAUGAAGUUAUUGAGUUGAUCAUACGAGAAGGUAAAUUUGAGGAAGCCAUUAAUUAUUGGCAGAUCUGUGUUUUUGUAUUCGUCAAGAGUCCACUAACAACCCAAUUACACCAAUGAAAUAAAAAUGACAUAUCUUAUUUAGAUCCUACACAGGUGUCAUUUAAAGUCAUUCCUCAAAAUCUGUUUUUCAGAAUGAAGUUCACGAUCUGAGACACAAUUCUUCUGGAAAUGCUGGUUCCCCUCAUCACAAAAUGUAUGGCGAAAGCUAUGGGGCCGAGGGGCUACAGGAGCCAUUUACCCCUGUCCAGUCAUACCAUGGGGCCCCGCUAACAGGUCAUUAUGCUUCAUAGUGUCAAAUCAUGUCUUUAAUAUAGAAAUCUAUACAAGUGUCUUCAAGUUUAAGGCAGUUUUAAAAUAAACUAAUUUCUAUCCCAGUCGCCACCACAGGUCCUUCAGUUUACUACAACCAGUCUCCAGCUUACAACUCGCAGUACCUUCUACGCACAGCGGCAAACGUAACCCCUACCAAGGUAGUAACUACUGUGUUAUUCUUUAUUUACAAUCAAAGACAUGUGGAGGAUAUUUACCAUACUUGUUCUUCUCUUGAAUUUCUCUUCAUAGGCUACGAUGUAUGGCAUGAACCGUAUGCCACCACAGCAGCACAUGUAUGCCUAUCAGCAACCUACCCACACACCUCCAUUGCAGACAGCUCCAGCCUGCAUUUACCCACCUCAAGAACAGGUCUUUGGUGCCCCUCUUCGGUUUGAAUCACCAGCCACAGGUCUUCUUUCCCCGUACAGUGAAGAAUAUUAUGGUCAGAGUGUGACCCAACAAACCACUAACCCACCACUUCCUGAACCUGGCUACUUCACCAAGCCAUCUGUUGUCCCAGUUCAGCCACCAAAGAGCGUUGAAGGGAAGUCUAUGGACUUUGGGAAGCUCCCCUUUAGCCAACAGGCACCUGAAGUCCCCAAAGUGCCUAGUUUUGGAACAGCAGCAGUUACACAGUCAACACCUUCCACUGCUUUUAAAUUCAACUCCAACUUUAAGUCAAAUGACGGCGAUUUCAUUUUUUCAGCUUCCCAGGCCAAGCACAGUGAAAGUCUGCUUGGUCUUCUUACAUCAGACAUUAUUCCCAAAACAGACACCACCACAGAGAAGCCUCAGGUCCAAGAGCAACUCCCUAACCAAACAGGCAUUUUUACAUUUGGAAAUAAGAAUACCUCUGGCUUCCCCUUUCCUGGCUCUACUCAAAGCACAGGCAGUGGACGUCUGUUUGGAAAUUUUGAGCAGCCAUUUAAGUUUGGGGAUGUUACCAGGCCGGUGUUUGGGGUUGCCAAGUCUACAGGAGAAGAGGAAAAAGCAGCAGAGAGCGAUAAUGACAGCACUCAUGUUGAGGAAGAUGAAGAUGGCCCUCACUUUGAACCAAUCGUCCCUCUUCCUGAUAAAGUUGAUGUUAAAACGGGUGAGGAAGAGGAGGAGGAAAUGUUUUGCAACAGGGCUAAGCUGUACCGCUUUGACACUGAAACAAAAGAGUGGAAGGAACGUGGUAUUGGCAAUAUUAAAAUCUUGAAACACAGCACUAAAGGGAAGGUCCGCCUCUUGAUGAGGAGGGAGCAGGUCCUGAAGAUCUGUGCAAACCACUACAUAACCCCUGAUAUGUUACUGAAACCAAAUGCUGGCUCUGACAAAUCCUGGGUCUGGAAUGCCAUUGAUUAUGCAGACGAGGAGCCAAAGCCUGAACAGCUCGCCAUCCGCUUCAAAACUGUAGAGGAGGCCUCACUUUUCAAGGCUAAAUUCGAGGAAGCCCAAGCCGUUGUGCUCAAAUCACCAGGAAAAGAAAUCCAACUAGAGAGAAAAGAGGAAAGCCCCAAAGAUUCUGAUUCACUGGCUGCCCAGUUUGCUCUCAAAGAAGGAGAGUGGGAGUGCACUGUGUGCUGCGUUAGAAAUCAACCCUCAGAUAUGCGCUGUGUUGCUUGUCAAAGUUCUAAUCCCAACUCUUCAUCAAAGUUAGAGAUACAGUCUACUGGUGAAACCAAAACCAGUCCUUUUACUUUUAAAUUUGGAAUUGAUGGCUCAAAACCUGGUUGUUCUAGCUCUCCCUUUACUGGAUUUGGUGCUUUUGGAGCAUCUGUACCCUCUUCAUUUACAUUUGGCACCAGCACCUUAAAACCUACUGACUCAUUUAGCAGUGCAUUUGGUUCUGGCUUUGGGGCUCAGUUUGGUAAGAAGCCAGAGCAGUGGGACUGUGCCACAUGUUCAACAAGUAAUGUGGCCUCUACAGACAGCUGUGUUUCCUGCAAAGCUCUCAAAACCUCACCCCAAACAAUUAACACAGCACAGAUUUUAUCAGCAGCACAGCCAUCCCUUUCUGAAAUGGGCUCUGGGUUUGGCACCCAGUUUGGUGAGACACCUGGACAGUGGACCUGUGGUUUAUGUAAACUAAAGAAUGAAGCAUCUGCGGAUAAAUGUUUUGGCUGUAAAAGUCCCAACCCUACAAGUAAAUCAACAGAGGGGGCUUCAUUGGCAUUUAAUUCUCCAACUGUGUCAGAAUUAGGGGCAGAUUUGACAAAAAAUGAUGGACGGUGGGACUGCAACACCUGUCUGGUAAGGAAUGAUGCAUUAGCCACUGAGUGCAUUUCCUGCCAUGCCCCUAAUGAAGCCCCUUCUUUAGCAGCAAUGUUUGGUAAAAAGGAUGGAGAAUGGGAUUGUGACACUUGUUUGGUAAGAAAUGAUGUCUCCGCCACCAAAUGCGUGGCCUGUCAGACACCAAAUCCCAGUGCUAAAAGCACAACCAGCACUGCCCCUUCAGCCUCCACUUUCAGCUUCACCUUUGGAACCAAGAGUUCAUCUAGCCAGCCUGCUGGAACUGGGUUUACAAUGCCUUUUGGAACUGGAAGUACUUUUCAGUUUGGUGAGAAUAAAGAUAAAAGUUCAGCAGCUUCUUUCAAGUUUGAAGCUCCCCAGUCAGGAUCCAGUUCUUCAAGCUUCUCUUUCUCAAUGCCCAUUCCAGCUGGUGGUUUCAAGUUUGGUAUUCAGGAACCUUCAAAAGAAACUUCCUCCUCUGAUGAUCAGACAUCCUCAUCAGGGUCAGCUUCAAACUUUCUGAAAAACAUAGCUGACAAACACAAGGCAAAAGAAGAUGUGCCUUUGACCCCAGCGAGCCAAACAGAGCAAGACCAGAACCCGUUGAUUUCAGGGGGGGUUAAUGCUUUUAGCUUUGCAGACUUGGCUAAGUCCUCUGGAGGAGACUUCAAGUUUGGACAGAAUGACCCAGAUUUCAAAGGUUUCUCUGGAGCUGGGGAGCAGGUGUUUUCAUCAUUACAGGAAACUCCUGCAAAGACUGAUCCCUCAAAUGAAACUGAGGAUGACGGCAUGUAUAAAACCGAAGAAAAUGAUGAUAUACAGUUUGAACCAGUGGUCCAAAUGCCUGAUAAGAUUGACCUGGUUACAGGUGAGGAGGAUGAACAGGUUCUCUACUCUCAGCGUGUUAAGCUGUUCAGAUUUGACUCGAUCUCCAGUCAGUGGAAAGAACGCGGUGUAGGAGUCCUUAAAUUCCUAAAGAACAACACUAAUGGGAGGCUAAGGGUGCUGAUGAGGAGAGAGCAAGUCCUUAAGGUGUGCGCCAAUCACUGGAUCACUACCACCAUGAAUCUCAAGCCCCUGGCAGGCCAGGACAAAGCAUGGGUUUGGAUGGCCAAUGACUUCUCUGACGGAGAUGCUAAACUUGAACAGUUGGCUGCUAAGUUCAAGAGCCCGGAGUUGGCUGUGGAGUUUAAGGAGAAGUUUGAGGAGUGUCAGAGACUACUUCUGGAUAUCCCCUUACAAACGCCCCAUAAGCUUGUAGACUCGGGCAGAACGGCACAUCUCAUUCAGAAAGCAGAAGAAAUGAAAUCAGGUUUGAAAGAUCUGAAAUUCUUUCUGACAGAGGAGAAAACAAAGAUCAAAGAUGAUGACAACCAAGAAGAUAUUACAACAUCCAGUGAUGUUUCAAGCCUGGUAAUGAAACCUCAAGGGGAAACCACUGGCCCCACCUUAGAGUGGGAUAACUAUGACUUAAGAGAAGAAGCACUGGACGAUACAGCUGACUCCUCGGUCUAUGCUUCUCCCAUUGCCAGCAGCCCCCUGAGGAAGAAUCUUUUCCGAUUUGGAGAAUCUACUGGUGGGUUCAACUUCAGUUUCCAACCUGGAAUCAGCCCGUCUAAGUCUCCUGCCAAGCUUAAUCAGAGCAGAGCAUCAGUGGGCACUGAUGAUGAGCAGGAUUCAACUCAGGAUGAGGAAAAGGAUGGCCAGUACUUUGAACCUGUGGUGCCAUUGCCCGAACUGGUGGAGAUUUCCACAGGGGAGGAAAAUGAACUGGUAGUCUUCAGUCACAGGGCCAAACUAUAUCGCUAUGACAAGAAGCUGACUCAGUGGAAGGAGAGAGGUAUUGGAGACCUAAAGAUCUUGCAAAAUUAUGAAAACAAACGGGUGAGGUUAAUCAUGAGGAGGGACCAGGUACUCAAGAUCUGUGCCAACCACUGGAUCACUGCAGCCAUGAAACUAGAACCUAUGAAGGGUGCAGAAAAGGCCUGGGUUUGGAGUGCCUUUGACUUUGCUGAGGCAGGAGAUGGAAACCUUGAACAGCUAGCUGUGAGAUUCAAGCUUCAGGAAACCGCAGACACCUUCAAGCAAGUUUUUGAUGCGGCCAAGAUUUUACAGGACAAGCAGGAACUAAUGACUCCUGUAACCUCCAGAGUAGCCGCUCCUCAAGACGGUGGAACCACAGCAUCAGUAGAGCCUGCCUCAACCAUAUGUGGGAAGGCAGCCAUUGCGGUUCUGGAAGAGACCACAAAGGAACGCACAGAGCUCUCUCCUGACUGUAAGCCGUGUACUGCUGGGUCCCCAAGUCAAGCAAACCUUUCCAAGACAGUGGUGUCACCUCCAAAGUUUGUCUUUGGUACUGAUAGCCUUCAGAAGAUUUUCGGGUCGCCUAAAUUUCACCUUGAGACUGAGGGAUCUGCAUCUACCUCAAAGGCUAAAGAUUCCCAACCUCCUGCCAAAGCUUCACCCACAGCGCCUGUAUUCAAAAUCCCAGAGAAAGGUACAGUUGUUUCACUUCUAUCAAAUGACUUUUGGGGCUCUUUAUUCUGAAAAAGUCAUUCUGUUGUUUUGAGUUGUACUCAUUUGCAAUGUUUUGUAUACAUCAUAUUACUUCAUGGUCUGCUUGGUUGACCCACCAAAUCUCUUCUCAAAACUUUGCCAUAUAUCGCCCUUCAGUCUCCUUAUUUUCUUCACUUUAAAUGUGGAAUCUUACUAUUCUUUUAUGCAUAUAAAAACUGACGGUUAAGACCUUUUUAGUUUACCCCUAAUCAGUAAAUGAUGUCCUUGAAUUUUUUUUAAACACACUUAAUACAUCAAGCAUCUAAGCUUGAACAUAAAUCACCAAGUGUCACUAAUUUGUUAAUCAACAUAUUACUUUUGAUUGAUGGUUACAAUACCAGCCUCACAAUUAGUUUCUCUUCACCCAACGGCUCAAUAUCCUUUAGGGCUGGAUUUUAGGCUUUUCAAAGAUAAUCCAAUGGCAUUUUGGACCAGCACAUCAACCACCCAAUUUGAACCACCAGGUAUUCUAACCACUGCAGUGUGUGUUAACACUUCUCAGCUGUCACCUCGCUGACACUUACUACUGGACAAAAAUAACCUGGAUGCACUGAGUGAAAGAUGUUGAAGCUAAUCUUUUGCAUGUCCAUUGUGUGGAUGUGCAGUUUAUAGUUCAAAAACCUCAAGAUCAUACAGGUUAACUUUUGUUGCACUUACAUUACACAAGACUUUAAUGUGUUACUCUUGGUUAAGUUAUGCAAAACUGUCAGUAUCAGGGUGCAAAUUCCUCAUGUUUGAAUGCUUAGAGAAUACAAAGGCAGACAUCAGACGAGUAAGAGCAGCAGCAGCAGAGUGACAAUAUAGCUGGUUUCUUGCGCUCUGGCACACUUUCAGUGAGAUGUCUGUGUAAACAUUUGCAUCUCACAUGAUCAAGUAAAAAAAAAUGUUUAAAAAAAAAAGAUCAAAGUAUCUAAAAUUUCUGUUAUCAGAAAAAGCUUCCUUCAAGUGUGAUUGACAAAAGGCUGACAGUCUCUCACCCAGGCACUACAAGGGAGUUGACCAACAGACAGUUAAGGACCUGUGUAGAUGUAAGACUUUUAUGGCAGUGUCUCCACGUGUCUUCUCUUGAAUCUUGCACCAGUUUGCCAAGAGUUUUUCCAAAGUGCAGUAACAGUUGCUGGAUUUGGAGCUGCUAGACAGCCGCUCAGUGUUUAAUUUGUUACUGCACAGAAUAAAACCAGUGUUUUGUCUUUCAGUCAUUUUAAAAUGUUCUCUGAAAUGUGAGCUGUGGAGAUGACACAGAGUGUUGCGUUCGAGAACACUCUCUGUGUUCCUCUCCCAAAAAUGGCACGUGUUAACGUCAUACAUGCCAUUUUUAGGAGGGGAUGUGUAGCAACAGCAUGAAAUGGAAUUCCCCUGUUGGCCUGGCCUCUGUCUGGGAACUGCACCCAAGCAGAGGUUAAUUACAGUAAUGAAUCAGGUGUAUGAGCCAUCUAAUGCUUCAGUGUCAUAAAUUGAAGUGGUACAGUCUGCCAAAUGAACUGGAAAGGCUGUAUGCAUACACAACUGUUCUUUUAUAUAACUGUACCUUAAUAAUUAUUAAACAAUGCAUGCUAUUUAGUUUUGCCAUGCAUGGGGUUUGUGUGUGGGUGUGUGGAACUAAUACCUGUGACAAUAGAUGGAAUGACGCAGCUCAGCUACAGAAUUAUUCAAAGCUAUUCCAACCUGUCCUGACUUGUGUGUUGUUCUGCUUCUGUCUGUCUGUCACAGGGACACCUCUGGUGGAAGGAGGCAGUGCAGGGUCAGAUGAGGACUCAGAGGUGGAGGUUGUGUAUGUCAAAGAACCCACAGCUGAACAGGCUGCCUUAGCAAAAAAACUCUUGCUUCCACUCACGUUUUUCUGCUACAAGAAUGAACCGGGCUACACAAGUGACGAUCAAACUGAUGGUGAGGCCAAGAAUAUGAAGUUUAUUUUGUGAUCCAAGGAACUGGAUGAACUGAUGUGGCCAAUGAGUAGACAUAUCUUCCUUCAUUUGCAAGUGUUCCCCAGAAUGACCUUUGUUUUCCUCAACUGUUUACAAAUAAGUCAAUGAACUUAGAUACUGUUUUUCACCUUUUACAAUGUCAGCCUGGGAAACUUGAAGUGUAACUUUGCAUGAUCUAUUACAGAAUCUAUACAGUCGCAAAUGCUGUGAUGGCACUUGAAUAAAGUUGUUGCCCAUAGCACAGCCCUCUUAUCAGCCCACAGUCUGGCUGAUAGAGCGUUUGGAGGCUCAGCUCGACCACAUCAGUCAUAGCUCCAGGCGAUUUUUCAUUAAGAGUUUAAAGCCUUCCUUUCCGACAGCCUGAAUUGGCUUCAUAUCUUUGGCCUAACAAUACAUUACUGCUUCGGUAAUGUCCUGCCACUGUCUGUUUUUUGUUUUUUUUUUAAUCAUAUGGACUAGUGCAGCGAGAACUCCUGCAAUGCUCCGUUGAGCCGUUUGUUUACUUUUACUCUGAACACCAGCAGCUGCUUUCACGUCCUCAUCACAUACCUUCAAAGCCUGCAGAUAAUUGGCUAUGUGUUUUAGCUUUAGAUGGUAAAACUUAUUAGCUGUGUUAACCAAACCACAUCCACAACACAAAGGUAGCUCUCUUUUUGGCUCAUUUAAGGAUCAAGUUAGCGCUGCUGUGCUGCUCUCGCUCUCUGACGUCGUUGUGUAUGCAGUAGGGAAUCUCAUACGUCAUCGUGCCCCUACAGUGUAAAUACUGUGAUAUGACAAAUUUAUUACCGUACACAGCAUGAUAUGGCACACCCCAAGUUGUGAUCAUCUUUAUGUUAUUACCCAUCACUAAGAACAACAACCAUCCACGGUUGAUUUUAGUGAGGUCUGUGUCGUCCUCUGAGCCUGUCACAAGGAAAAGGCAUUGUGUAUAAUUGCUGACUGUGAUAUCAUUAAUAUUAUUGGGGUUACUACCUUUUCAUAGGAUAAACAAAAGGUAGUGUCAAAUUUAUUUUAAAAAUGGAUCUCACUGUAAGAAAUGAAGUUGAUCUGUUAUUCUAUUUGGAGCUUGUUGCUGAUGUAAAGUAUUAAAUCCUCAAAUAAGCUAUUGCCAGUAAAGGUGGCCGUCACAGGGUUUCAAUAACAUAGUGUUUUGAAAAUGGUUCCUGACAUAAUCAGAGGUAUUUUGAAGUGAAGGCUUGUUGAAACUGAGAGAGGAAAAUGAUAUAAUUGAUGGUUAAUAAUGUGAAUUUUCUGCUACAUUUCAGAUGAAGACUAUGAGUCAGCAGUAAAAGCCUUAAAUGGAAAGCUCUACCCUGAUGCUCCUGUAAAAAAAGCUGCAGCAUGUGGAGAUGGUGUGUAUCUUAUAUACAGUCACAAACAGCGUGGUUAGCUUCACUCUUUGCUAUGUUGGCUUUCACAAAAAAAUAUCAGGGGUGUACAAAUAUUUUACGUUCGAUGCUAUAAGUGAACUUCACUGUUUUGGUUAAAAGCAAGCAGAGUUGGUGAAAAUCUUAAAACCAAGUGUCCCAUUCAGAGCCAGAUUGCCAGGUGGUGUGGGAGAAGAAGCCAACGCCAGAAGAGGAAGAGAAGGCAAAAAGCCUCCAGCUGCCACCCACGUUCUUCUGUGGCCUGAGCACCUCGGACAGUGACACAGACCAUGACAAGCCUGAGGACUUUGAGACAGAAGUCCGCAAGGCGCAGCAGGACUUGGUAAUGGAUGAUCCAAAACAAAUGAACAUGAAAGCAGAUAGUACUUUGAUUGUGAGAUAAUUUAGUGGUAAGCAUUAGAAUAUGUGGUCAGCUGCCUAAUGCUGAUUAAAAGACCCAUUGUUUUUUUUUUUAAACCAUUGAAAGUGUUCUCAGUGGUCUUUUAAUUGUGAUUAUAAGGUUUUAGCAAAAAUCUGGUUACCUGGGCUUUUCUUCUGCAGAGCUCCAGUAGCUCAUUAGCAAUUAACCUCUGAGUCGUGGGCGGAGACAGUGCUGCUCUGCACACUCCUCUUCACGCUAGCUUGCAGCCUAACAUUGCUGGUGUGGUAGAUGUGGCAGGUAACAUAGGAGCUAUUCAGCUCUCAGAAACUAAUAUAUUUGGGGACAUAAUGAAGGUAAUAUCAUAAUUAGCUUUCUUAUGAGCAUUGCAAUCCGUUAACACACGUUUGUUCUGCAGUCGUCCUCUCUGCUUCUCAGUCUGGCCUGCAGAGGGGGGUGCUAAGGGCGAGCUUGAAUUUGUGAUGUAGAAAAUCCCACUGUGUAAGGAAGCCUGCAGUUUGGGUCUGCCAGAGGUUCACAGGGAUUUGAAUGCAAAAAAAAAUACUCAGAAAUGCAAUUUUGGACUUAGUUUUCAUGAUAUGUCCUGUAGCAUCAGAAAAAUGCCAUAUGAACAUGUAGACAAAAAGAAACACAUGAUUUUCUGGGUCCUUAAACACACAACCAACUCAUCAAUGGGACAGCCAGUGUUUAUAAAGUAAUACCCACAGUUCAGCUUAACUGCAUCCUUUAGUGGGACAAACAAGUAAACAGCAGCAUCAUAAAAUUGACAGAAAUAAGAACAUGAGAAAUAUACAGUAUUUGUUCCUUAUGUAGAGCAUCACACACCAUCUCGGUACCUCAAAUGAGGGAAAAACUGUCAUUCUUCUUUUUGAUAGAGCAGUAGAUGUGAUCUGGUUCAACCCUGUGUGAGCGAAAGUUUAUCAAUAAAGCAAAGAGGGUAUCAAUGAUUUCGAAUCUCAUUCUUUUUUUUUGUGUUUUAGGAUGCCCAGUUGAGCCAAACCGAAAAUGCCUCUAGCAGCACUGCAGAUGCACCAGAGGAACCAAACCCAGCUCCAUCUUCCAGCAGCACUAACGCUGCAGACUCCACGCCUCCCUCAGAGGACCAGACUUCAGAACAGUCAGGAGAGACUCAGAGUGAAACUCCUAGCAGCAGCUCUCCCAUUGAUCUGUCAACGAAAAAAAGCCCAGAACCCGAGUCCAACACUGAGACGACAUCUGCAGCUUUAACUGCUCCAACAGCUAGUCAAGGUAUAGACCACUCUGUAUUGAUUGUUACAAAUGUCAGAGCUUUGAGCUUUGACAGGCCACCUUUAAUGUGUGCUUCACUACUGACAAGUUCAAUUUGACAAUCUACAAUCUCAUUAGAGCCAUGACAAAGUUUAUGGGUGGUUUGAAUUUGGCCUGCCUGCAGCCCCCGACCACAUAAGUGGUUAUUUCUGGCAGAACCAGACCCUUGGUGGUCAAAACACAAAGAACUAGUUCCAAAUUAGGCUUCAGCCCAGAACUAGCCCUAUAACUAGCUUGGUAAAAUAUGGGUAUGUGUGAAUUUUAACUUUGUGUCAAACUACUUUUUUCCUUCUCCGAGGUGUAUGCUGAGCUCCACUAGGCUAAAAGAGCCAGGAAAUUUAAGGUGUCACUGGCCUAGUGGUCUAAGCAUGCACCCUGUAUACAGACUAAGUUGUUGCCUCAGUUAGAUAUCUGCCUGCUGCUUCUUUUCUGCAUGUCCCUCCCUCCUCUCAAGUGGCAGGGAAAACAAACAAGCAGCAGCUUUAAAAUUCACUUGAUCAAUUUUGCAGCUUUCUGUGGACAAGAUUGAAAAUAUCAUAAAUAAUGUAAUAAUUAUACUCUGACGUUUAAAAUACAACUUUUUCUCUGCUCCCCAAAUCCAUGUAUCAUCAUUUUUUUCCCUUUGGUGCAUCUUAUGGGGCACAGGGUUGGAGAACAUCUGGACCAACCUUCCUGAUAGUAGUAAUUAUAAAAAGGAGUUUGAUCUCUUUCCACUUUGACCAGAUUAAUCAGCUGUCCAUCACCUCUUUCAUGAGGUGUAUUAUUAUUUUUUAUCAUUAUCAUUGUUUUUACUAUUAUUAUUAUUAUUAUUAUUAUUAUUAUUAUUAUUAUUAAUAAUAAUAAUAAUAAUAAUAAUAAUAAUAAUAAUAAUAAUAAUAAUGUAUUUAUUUUGCAUUGGUUAACUUGGUUAUUUCCAGUUCCUAGUCUGCUGAAAUCCUGCAUCAGGGCUAAGAGCUUUCAUGAAUUUAUUCAUGUACUGAGGAUCCCUGAUAGAGAGCAUUACUGAAGGGCAUUGAAUUCAGUAUUGAUUGGUUUUGUCUUUCCCUCCACAGAGUCGUCAAGCUUUGGCUUUAACUCUUUUGGAGGAUUCUCUUUUGCUGAUUUAGCCAACAACUCUGAUGGAUUUGCUUUUGGAACAAAAGGUUGGCUUAAGUGUUGACAUAAUGUGAAGAUAUUUUUCACUUCUUGUUCAUGCACUUUCAGUAUGUUGGUACCUGCUGUGUUGUAUUGUAUUUAGGAUGGUCAAAUAACUGACUGUGAGAGAAUUAACAUUGAGAGUAACUCAUAUUUCUGCUGUGGUGGUCAAAGGUACACAGCAGGAAUGAAACUUAUUUCACAACACAUUGUUUUCUAUGUGAAGGAGACACCAACUUUUCAUGGGCAAAUGCUGGUGCCACAGUAUUUGGGUCAGCAAUGACAACAGAACCCAAAAACAGCAAAGAUGAGGAUGGCAGUGAUGAGGAGGAGGAGACUCAGAAUAAUGUGGACAUUCACUUUGAGCCAAUAGUAUCGCUACCAGAGGUACCCCCUAAACGCUGGACUCCAGUGUUUUUCUCUUUUGCUCAUUUUAAGGUGUUAAAGUUGAGUUUUGACAACUGUUUACUGCACACCUCAUCUAUGUAUGAUUUCUCCCCUCUUAGGUAGAGACAAAGUCCGGAGACGAGGAUGAAGAAAUCCUUUUUAAGGAGCGCGCCAAGCUAUACCGAUGGGACAGAGACCUCAGCCAAUGGAAGGAGCGAGGCAUCGGUGACAUCAAGAUUCUUUUCCAUCCAGAGAAACAUUACUACCGAAUCCUGAUGAGAAGGGAGCAGGUGCUGAGGGUUUGUGCCAACCACAUGUUAACUCAGAUGAUGGAACUCAAACCCAUGGGCGCCUCACCCAACGCACUGAUCUGGACUGCCACUGACUACUCAGGUUCUCAGAGUGUUGAUAAGUAGCAAUAUUGUGCACUGCACUUGAUUGUUUAGACUAUUUUAAAGCACCUUGCGAUGACCACAGCUGUGCUUUUUGUGCCCCUUUCCUCUACAAGUAGUUGUCAUGGAGACAUCUAUGUUCAUGUGCAGCUGUAAACGUUGAUAUUCACUUGUGUUUGAUUAAGCUCGAAAACUUUUUCUUUGUAAGGCUUGAUGGCAGAAUAGAUUCCUCUGUCCUAAUAAUUUCUUCAAAUCUUUUCAGCUGCGCUCUUUUUUUACAUCUUUUUUUUUUAUGUCCUGAUUUUCCAGAUGGCGAUGGUGUAGUGGAGCAGCUGGCAGCCAAGUUCAAAACUCCUGAGAUAGCAGAAUCCUUCAAGAAGACCUUCUGCGAGUGUCAGAGUCACAUUGGCAGAACUGAAGGCGAUGUUUCGUGUACUUCCUCAUCUAAGAUGUCCCGAGUUCAAGAGCACUCCAGAGACACCAACCCAAAGGUUUUCCUCAAAGUGGCAGCAGAUGGCCAACCACUGGGCACGCUCACAAUAGAACUAUUCUCCAAUAUUGUUCCCAAGACGGCUGAAAACUUUAGGGCCCUCUGCACCAGCGAGAAAGGGUUUGGAUUUAAAGACUCCAUCUUCCACAGGGUCAUUCCAGAGUUUAUGUGUCAGGUUAGUUACACUUUAGAGUCAUAGAAAGAAAUCGUUUGGGUAUCAUUUAUUUUUGGUAUAUGUUAUUUUCUCAGACUAGUGGUUGUAAUAGCCAUGGCGAGGGAAAUGUUGUUUUGUUUUUUUUCAUGUGACAGUUCUAAUGGUGAGCUCUUUGUGUCCUAGGGUGGGGACAUCACAAACAAUGAUGGCACAGGAGGCAAGUCCAUCUAUGCCAGCCAGUUUGAGGAUGAAAACUUCGAUGUUCGGCACACGGGCCCAGGUAUUCUAUCCAUGGCCAAUCGCGGGCGUGACACCAACAACUCCCAGUUUUUCAUUACACUGAAGAAAGCUGAACACUUGGACUUCAAACAUGUGGCUUUUGGCUGGGUUUGUGAUGGCAUGGAUGUCUUGCAACAGAUUGGAGAGCUGGGAACAAAAGGAGGAACCCCGUCAAAAAAGCUGGUCAUCAUAGACUGUGGACAGCUCUAGCUUUUUGUGCAAUAAAGAUUAAGAUUUGACAGUUUGGUUCAUGUUAGGAAAUUUAGAGGACUGGGUAAUCAUGUUCCCAACAGGCAGUACUCGUCUGCCUUUUGCAACUGAAUGCCAAGUCCUUAGACAGCUAAGAAUCAAAGCCGAUUAGGCCGCUUCAUCUCACAGACAACAAAAACUUUGUUUCAGCCGCCCGAAGAGAGAAAUUAUUUUUGCUAUCUUAACCUGGCCUCAAAUAGGAUCAUUUGACUGAGUAUGUGAGGGGAGCUUAAUGUGCUUUUGCUCAGUUGCACUUAUAUUAAUAUCAUCUGUCAACAGAUUCUCAUUAUUGGUCAGUUUUUUUGUCAAUAGUUGUACAUUAACUCUUUUCUGUUCUUCUGUCUUGUAUUUGCUCGAUUUUGAAUUUUGGGUCCUUUUUCACAAGCUUCACUCAGAUUUCUUUUGUUUUCCUGUUUUUUUCUGAGGAGGUCUUGACAAUUUUAAGGUGGUUGAAUAUACCUUGUUUUGUAACCAUGCUCCUGCCUUCUCUCCAGUUACUGCCUCUUGUGUCCUUUUUACUGUUGGGUAUCAUUUGAUUUUCCCUUGUGUAAGUGGAUCACACUUCCCUACAUACGUUGGAGCUCUGGAGUUGUCUCUCUGUGUUGCUUGGGGGUGGUGGUGACUGUAAAUUACAAAUAAAGUUGCUUUACAAUAAUAAAUGAAUAUUCAUUUCUAA